CAGCGCAUCGCAUCACCAUUUCCUCUUUUGCUUUCUCCCCUUGCAAGAUAAGGUUGAAGGAGAGGACGUGCGAGCUUGCGGAGUCGGAGGUGGAGGAAACUCUAGAUCGUGAAGUUCGAGGCGAUAAGAGGUUGGUUGCUUCCCAAUUCGAUCAUUUUCGACGCAGGGGAAGUGGGAGGAACUGCGUUUUGGGGGUGAUUCGCGCAUUUUUAUCGCUUGCAGUGGACGUAUUGGUGCUCCCUCUAUGAAUCAUAGUGGGAGAAAUGCAUUUUAGGCUUGAUUUCAUUCCGUUUUAUGGUUAGCGGUAGGCGAAUUGGUGCUGGAUUCUAUGAUGCUGUGCAGGUGUUUCUUUUCCCUUCAAUUGGAUCCUUCAGGAGCAAUGAGGCGAUUUCUGGGUGAUUUUCUAGCUAGUCCAUCUCGAUCCCCAUCCCAUCGAGUAUACAUCUUCAAAAUUUACUGAACUCCGCUUAUGCAGUCAUGUUAGAUUGAAGGCAUAUUGAAGAUCUAGGUUUUCUCUCGUUGUUUAUGUGGUUGUGUGUGUAAAUUAAAUUAUAACACUUCAGGGAUGCGCUGCUGCUGCUGUAGGGUCUGUUAUUUAUUUUCCUAGGAUUGUUUUUUUUUUAAUAGACGAAAUAGCAUACCUAAAAGAGGGGUCUAGAGAUUAUGUGAUUUAAUUGAAAGAUAAAAUUUCUAAUAUAAUAGUUUACAUAUAUUUUUGAAAAAUAUUUUCUAGUUUUCUCCUUCCCUUGGUCAACUUGUUUUUUUUUUUUAAAAUUUUUGGAUUUUGUAUUAGAAUUUCCUUUUCAUACUCAGUUCUUUUUCUUCUAUUUUUUAAUGUAGGAUAUAAAAUAUAUGGUUGAACUGGGGGAUGAUCAGAAUGGUAGCUAGUCUUCAUUAGAUGACAUUGUUAUAGAGUUAUGAAACUGGAAAAAAAAAGUUGAAAACUUGAAAUGAUGUUUAAAGUUGGUGGGAUCAUUGGGAAUGUUGUGGUUGCUCCGGAGAAUGUGUUCUGCAUGUUUGGGAAGAUUUCUGUUGGUGUUCAAAAAUGGUUUCUUUUAUCGUUCCGCAAGUUUGGUGGUUCUUUUUGGACUCACGGAGAUGGCCUUGGAUGCCUGGUUUUGUUGUGGACAGGGAAGAUUGUUUCAGUGGUGGUGUGGGUGGUGGUUAAGGUGGUAGUGGUGGUGGUGAUUUUGUGUACCAACAAGAGCCAUUGAAUUUGAAGGUCUGAAGAUGAGCGAAGGCAGCCGUAGCCCACCUAGAGAUCGCAGAAUCCGCACAGAACGUACCUCAUAUCGUGAUGCUCCAUAUAAAAGGGAUUUCCCUCGUGCCUCAAGGUAUGAUUUGUGCAAGAACUGCAAGCGGCCAGGCCACUAUGCUAGAGAAUGUCCAAAUGCAGCUGUCUGUAAUAACUGUGGCCUACCAGGACAUAUUGCGUCAGAAUGCACAACAAAGGCAUUGUGUUGGAAUUGCAAAGAACCUGGACAUUUAGCAAGCAAUUGUCCCAACGAGGGCAUCUGCCACACAUGCGGCAAGUCUGGUCACUUGGCGAGGGAUUGCUCCAUGCCACAGCUGCCUCCUGGUGACCUGAGGCUCUGUAAUAAUUGCUACAAACAGGGACACCUCGCAGCAGACUGCACGAAUGAGAAAGCGUGCAACAAUUGCAGGAAAACAGGGCACCUUGCUCGUGAUUGCCCGAACGAACCAGUCUGCAAUCUCUGCAAUGUCGCAGGGCAUGUGGCCAGGCAAUGCCCAAAGUCAGGAACACUUGGUGGCUUCGGUGGCAGCUUCAGUGGCGGUGGUAGCUUGGGUGGCAGCUUCAGUGGUGGUGGCUUGGGUGGCGGUUUCCGUGGUGGAUUCCGAGAUGUCAUCUGUCGGACCUGCAACCAGGUUGGCCACAUGAGUCGAGACUGCAUGGGUCCUCUGAUGAUCUGCCACAACUGCGGUGGGAGGGGGCACAUGGCCUACGAGUGCCCGUCAGGAAGGUUCAUGGACCGUGGUUUUCGAAGGUACUGAUUGAUAUACCAGUCAGCUUUUUAUGCCUAGAAGAUGAGCUUUUCCAUAUCGCAAUGUCAGUAUCUUAGUCAACUUGCUCGAGACUAGUUGAUCGAAGAAACUUUAAUUUGCAGACUGUCGAUUUCAUUUCUGUGUUGACUGUACCAGAACAACGUAUCCUAUCAUUUACAUAUUUGAUGUGGAUUUCAUUUGUGUUC